GAUAUCGUGCACAAGUUGGACGUAGUAGGAUUUCUGUUGAAGAUCAACAUGCUACUGAAGAGCUUCGAGCAGUUCAUUCCCUAAGAGACACUCAAGUUUCAACAAGAGGUGGGUGUAGGAGGAAUCCAAUAGGACAUAGAUCUGCAUCAGAAGAGUUUCAAACGGCUCAUUCUCUAGGAGAUGCUCGAGUUUCAACAAGAGGUGGACGUAGCUGUAAUCCAAUUGCACAUGAUUCUGCAAGAGAAGGGAUUCAAGCAGACCAAACUCAAAGCGGCACUCAAGUUUCAUCUGCCAAUAAUGAAUCCGCAGAACAAGGUUCAAAUGUGCGUGGAAUAACAUGCAGUAAAGGUGCCCGGAAAGCAAUGAGGAGUGCUAAAUCACAAUUGACGGUAAAGUUUGACUUUGACCUUAUGCAAGCAAUAUGUGACAACACAAAGGUUUUCAAUAAUGAAGUUGGAUAUAUCCUGCGUACGUAUUGCGACCUUAAGUACAAAGAAUGGAGGUUUGUACCUGAAGAAGAAAGAGCACCACUUCGUGACAAACUUCGAACAUUAUUUGAUGUUGAUUUGGCAGAUGCAAAUGUCAGAAAAGCUAUUGAUAAACAAAUGCAAAGAGCUUGGCAUAACUAUAGACGU